AGAAAUUUAUAAGCCGGAAAACAUUUAAGCGUAGGGCUACACAAGUUUGGAGCUUGACAAACUCACUUCUAAGUUACAGGUGGGGGUUUGGCUAACACAAUAAAUGGUUUUAAUUGAUAUAUAUUUAUUAUCGAAAUCAAUUUAAACUCCGGGAUUUUUAUGCAGUCUCUGAGAUUACCUACAAUAUAUUCUACCGAGUAGUCUGUUUUAUACGUUGUACAAUAUCACAAAAUGCUGUAAAAAUAGAUAACCAAUUAAGUUAUUCAACUUUUAAAUUACGCGCUGAAUUUCCGUACGCUUUUGCAACAAAGAAGGGUUAAUAUUAUUUUCAUGCUACUAUAGCAUCGAAAUGUGCAGUAGCUUUUGCUAAAGAAUGGAAAAAGUUUGCGAAACUAUACAUCUAAAAGUGCCAUUUCUCCAACGUAUUGGAUAUCGAAUCACAUUGAACGUAUGCAUUCAGGUGCUGCCGAUGCUUCUCCAGCUGCCGCUGCCCUUUCGCCUUCCCUCAAACACUACGUACUACGCAGAGACAAUGGCGAAGAUACUACCGCCGCAGGUUGUCGAGGAAAGUUCAUUGCAAGCGGGCCGUGUUAAAGCAUCUACAAUCAUUAAACCGAUCGUCUACGGAAACGUCGCCAGGUAUUUUGGCAAGAAACGUGAGGAAGAUGGCCACACUCACCAAUGGACAGUUUACUUGAAACCUCUGCUGAAUGAAGAUAUGUCUACCUGGAUUAAAAAGGUUCACUUCAAACUACACGAGAGCUAUGAAAACCAGAAUCGAAUAAUAUUGGUCCCGCCUUAUGAGGUCACCGAAACAGGAUGGGGAGAAUUCGAAAUUGUCAUUAAGGUUUACUUCCACGAUCCUAAUGAACGUCCUGUCACCCUAUAUCACGUCCUGAAGCUUUUUCAAACAGCCAAUUCCUCCGAUGGUUCCUCGGGACCCCCACAACCGUGUCCUUCACGAAAAGCUCUUGUAGCAGAAACGUAUGAUGAGAUCAUUUUUUCUGAACCAACACUUCAUAUGCAUCAAUUGCUUACUCAGCCACCUCUGCCAGUCGUCCCGGGUCCGUGGCGCCAUGAGACAGACAUCGAGGCAAAGCAUAAGAAGAGUCUUGAACAGAUACUUGCGGCAAAACAGAAGAUCCGUAAAGAAAUUUCCGAAUUAAAGGAAAAAAUCAAAUCGACCCGUGAGACCAUUGAUAUGUUUAAACAGCAGAUGGGGCAACACGAGCCUGCACAAUCGUAGCAUAGGGAUCUACAACAACUAACUAGAAAAAGGCCGAAACAGAUGAUCAUCUGACAAACUUGGCAGCUGCAACGGGAAUGCCGACUUCAUAACUACGUGACUCAUGAACUUAUUACGUGACACAUGCAGCCCUGUCACUGUACCUGGUGAUAAAGAGGGCAGCAUACCUUGUAAAUAAAACGACAUAAAAUAUAUGGGAUGAAUUAGAAAAACAGCGAUUGUAAUACUGAUUUAUAUUAAGGGGAUCCGUGCCUCAUAUGACUCUAAUAAAUACAUCAACCAUAUCAUGUAUUUUUAUUACUUAUCGGACGAGCUAAUUCUAGACGCUAGUACCAGCAAGAUACUUGUAGCAAAACGUCCACCCAUUGAUAUAAGACACAAAGUAAAAAUAUGAAAAAAGUACAAUAAGAAAAAAGCGUUACUACCGUCGUUAUAAACUGAUUGUACUAACCAUGACUCACAAAUAAAUGGGACUUUACACUCA